AUGUUUGCCUUACUGCUGUUGAUGGCCGCGUCGGCGGCGGCGACCGAAUACGAUCUGGGUCCGGAAUUUGGUGGCGACCUUUGCUACGCGCAACCUUUUGAGGAGCCGAUAACUAAUAAUGCUGAAUUUGUGAAUGACAUCACCGCCAUGGUUCGGGAAAAAAUUCCUGAACGCGUCGUUCACGCCAAGGGCACAGGAGCGUUCGGCUACUUCGAGUUGACACAUGACAUGUCACGCUACUGUAGAGCCGACUUCUUGCGGGGGGUCGGCAAGAGGACUCCGGUCGCCGUGAGGUUUUCCACGGGAGCGGGUGAACGAGGAAGCUCCGACUUCAUCCGGGACACUCGAGGAUUCGCAGUCAAGUUCUACACGAAAGAAGGGAACUGCGAUAUGGUCGGAUUUCAUACAGAAAUGUAUUUUUACAGCGAUCCACACCGUUUCACUACAGUUGUGCACGGAGUAAAGAAAAAACCUGAUAGCGGUAUGUAUGAUUAUGAUACAUACUUCGAUGCAAUUACUGAAUUGCCAGAGACGUGUAAUUUUUUCGUGAAUCUUUAUUCUAGUCACGGUAUACCACUCAACUACCGACAUAUGCCUGGCUUCCCGAUUCAUACGUAUCAACUAGUAAAUAGUUGUGGUGAGUACUAUUUUUCCAGAUUCCAUUAUAUGCCCGAUUUAGGCGUUAAAACUUUGAAGACCAUGGACGCUUUAACACUAAGUUCAACGGAUCCCGAUUACUCAGUGAGAGAUUUAUAUGAAGCAAUUCAAAGAGGCGAUUACCCAUCUUGGACAGUCUACGCUCAGAUUUUAACCAUGAAGGACGUUAAAAAACAUGGUGCCAAAGUUUUCGAUGUAACAAGAAGCCUUUCUAUAGAUGAUUUUCCCUUAUUAAAAAUAGGCAAACUUGUUUUAAAUAAAAAUGCUAAGCACUUCGAUAAAGAAAUAGAUCAGCUAGCCAUGAAUCCAGGUAAUGUGGUAAACGGAAUACUCGGAGCGCCCGAUAAAUUGUUUGAAAGUCGUUCAUUUUUAUACAGGGACGCACAGUACCAUCGUUUGGGUAAAAAUCACAAUAAAAUCCCUGUUAAUUGUCCCCUUCACAAAAUAUUAACUUAUAACAGAGAUGGAAUGUAUCCAGUAGGGGACAACGAGGGAUCUGCACCCAACUACUAUCCUAACACAUUCGGAGGGCCCCAGCCCUUCACGCCUGCAUGGCCCAGCAACUGCACAAGAAAAUACAGGAAGGAAGGCUUAAUCCAAAUAACAGAAAGCCCGGCCUAUAACUCUGACCAAAUCGUAGAGUUUUACAACCAAUUGACCGACGAAGGGCGGCAGAUAUUAUGCGAUAAUUUGGUGAUGGUCUUAAAAACAACAAGUCCAAGAAUCCAAAAGAAAUCCGUCUAUUUGUUUGGUAAAGUUCACGAAGACUUAGCAAGGCGCUUAGCCAAGGGUUUCAAUAGCACGGUAUCAAACUAUGAAUAAAUAAUGCAUUGAAUAUAAUAAAUAAUUAUUUUUUUAUAUGCAUCU